AUGCAUGUUGGGAUGAAAAUAAUACCAAAAUCAACAUCUAUUUUAGUGGGUGUUAUAAAGUAUGGAGUAAGUGCAAUACAGGCCGCGGUAGUAAGAGCAUUGGUGCACAAACAUGUUGAGCCCGUUAUAACUGAUAAUAUAAUAACGCCUGCUAUUGAAUACGCAACUAAUACAAAUAUAUUCAAAACAGUGGCAACAUACGUAUUAACAACUAUAGGAGCACAGGGCGUUUGUCUAUCUGGCGCAGGCACAAUGGAUAAAAUAGGUGCCCACAUAACGAAUACUAUGAACUCAUCCGUUUUGGGGAUGUACUAUCACGCAGCCAAGAACUCCUGCAGUAUUUUUAAAAGUAUGUUUAUAAUACUGCCACUGUUCCUAGUAAUGUACUAUGCCAUAUCAAAUACUAUCAUAAUACGGCAUAUUUAUAAAAAUAAGAAAAAUUAUGCCACAACAAUCAGCCUAGGCUGUGGUAUAGCACUUCUUGGUAUCUUAGGGUCAUAUUACUACUGCUUCUAUAAGAACAAAUGCUAA